AUGGGGCGGAUCAAGAAGGUCGCCAACGAGCGCCACACGGCAACACUGUCGCCGUUCAUCGAGGAGUAUGUCACACAAGCCACAUCGACACCUCUGUAUCGAUUACCACAGAAGCUCGCAGAGUUCCCACAGCAAUGGCCGUUUCCACGCGGUGACUUGUAUCACUGGAUACCGCUACUGAACCGCUUCGAUCAUGUCCUGGAGCUGUUUGUCAAGGAGUACGAGUUGCACAAUGGCCCGCAGACACAGCCAUUCAAGCGGCAAGUGCUGCAGAACGGCGAUGCUGAGGAGGGUAUGCCAUACCCCGGCGAGGGCGCCAAAUGGGAUGAGCUUGACAGCAUAGGCUAUUCUGAAGAGGGUGAUCGCGAGCUGGUGGAAUCGAUCCUCUACUUCUCAAGGCUACUGCAUGAGCGUUGUGGGAAUAGGAGCUUGUACGACAGCAGUGGACACAUUAACGACUUGCUACACACGACCUCGCUUAGUCUCCUUCGACUCAGCCUGAAGCUCGCUCUCCGACUGGCUCAGCGGUAUCAGGUUGCUAGGUACAAGGGUCAGGGAUCACACAACACUGCGAAGCUGAUGGCGGAGAACUACAAUAUCAAUCUCGAUAAUAUGCAGAAGCUUGCUAUGCCUUUUCCAAAGCCUUCAUCAUCAUCAUCAUCAUCGACAGGCGUUCAGCCCGUCACACCUGGCAAGGGUAAAGAAAAAGCUAUGGUGGCGCAGACGUUCAACCCCUCCGAUCUGGUCACGAUUGCAAAAGAACCUAGCACUCUUGCAUCGAAAGGUGAUUUGUGCGGUGUAAAUGUGAGCUUCUACAACGCCCCACAACAGAGCUCUACAACCUCGGGACCGUUAUCAGAGCCUACCGAAGCUUCACCUAGUACGCCAACGCCCGCUCGCAGAACCUCCAAUCUUGGCCCAUCGAGAGACCGUCCGACAUCAGGCAAUUCAGAUGAGAUGCCUGAGACGCCGUCGCGAUCACGAGAAGCAAAUGGGCCAGAUGCGAUUGCACCAAAAGUCUUCCACAUCACCUCCACGAAUGUGGCCGAGUCUCCUUCUUGGGCACUAGUGCGUCAAGGCCUACCGAAUGUACCGUCGGAGAUGCGCUACGAUCUGCUUAAUCGCAUACGCAUCGCGAAGGUCUUUGCGUCAUCUGAUCUGCCUACGCAAGCACUUCUCGAGAUUCGGCUGCUGGCUAUUGCCAACCUAAGCUUCGCGCUUAGCGAGUCAAAGUUUCAGGAGAAGAUCGGUAUUCCUGACAAUGAAGAGCCUCGACGCUUCCACCUGGCGCAGCAGCUGUGCGAUCUGCUUCAACCGGCCACGAAUGGCCAAGCCGCAUUGAGUCUAGAGCUUGAGACUGUUGUGCUUCACACUAUCGAAGCACUUUUGAAGUCGAGACACAAGAUCACAGAGGUCAUUGACACACUCUCCAUCAACGUCAAUCACGGCAUCCUCUAUUACGAGCUGCGCAAGGUCAUUGCCACGCUUGCCUCGGAAGAGCAUGACAACGUCUCCGAUGAGCUUCGUAAGCUCGAGUGGCGCGAAGCAACGUUUGAUCUCAUCCAUAAUCUUCAGAUCCAGCAGGCGCAACCUAGGGUGGGCGAGCGACUGGUUUCUGCCGGUAUCAUGAGUAUUCUGAUCGAAGUCCUCAGCUUGCGCACAUCCCGAGCCGAGCGCUUCAAGGAGCGUGUACUAAGCUUCUUCGCGAGCUUCAUCCACAAUAUUCAGGCUGCCAUGCAGACCUUUGCCACCGACAAAGGCUUCGACAUUCUGGCUGAUCUUACUCAGUAUGAGGUCGAGACGACUCUUGCAGCUGCGCAAUCGGGCAAUGGUCUCCCAACCGAGUACAAGUCCAAGGUCGUCGACUACGAGAUUCCUUUCUACCAGCAAUCCACCCUGCGUCAGCUUCUGAAGUUCGUUGUUCAAAUGUUCGACAGCCACAAUGCUGGCACUCACGACCGUCUUCUGCGCAACUUCGUCGACACGCCACAAAUCCUUGCGUCGUUGAAAGCUGUCAUCGAGAAUUGGAAGAUCUUUGGCAGCAACGUCUGGACGAGUGGAGUCAACAUUAUGAGUGCUUUCAUCCACAACGAGCCCACCAGCUAUCAAGUCGUUGGCGAAGCCGGUCUGCCUAGAAUAUUUCUCGAAACUAUCACGGAUCAAAAGCUGCCAGAGGAGAUUUCGACCGAGUUCGAACCAACAGCUAAAGACCUGCCUGUCGAUAUCGAGUUCAUCGAUGGCGUACCACAGUGGCCAACUAUCUCGGGAAUUCUUCCGGUUGAACAAACUAUGUCUGAUGUCCCAGGUGCUUUUGGCGCUAUCUGCCUGAACGAGAAUGGUAUGGCCUUGUUUCAAGCCUCGAAAGUGCUGAUCAAGUACUUCGACAUCUUCGUCUCACCACUUCACGUCAAAGCCUUGGUAGAAGACGACUUGAUGGGCAACAGUGGCGCAGCGAACAUUGGCCAGGCUUUCGACGAGCUGGCGCGGCACCAGCCGCGUCUGAAGGACCUCAUCAACAUGUCUGUCUGUGCGAUGGUCAAGAGAGUGGCGAAGCUCAGUCGAAAUAUGGCGCGGCAUCGUGCAAACGGUGCCAAGCUUUGGGUGCGCUCCGCUGACGGCUUUGAGGUUGAGGGCGGUCGUGCUGCCGUGGCUGGUGCGACCCAGACCGGUACUGCAGCUAGUGAACUCGCAGAGAUCGCCAUGACUGAGAGGACUGUCCGCGAUGCCGAUUUCGAAGACGCCGAGAAGGUUGAGGCUCUCCGCUUCACUGCUGCUUGCAUCAAGUUCCUGGAAGGCUUCCUUAGCAACAGUGGCAUGUGCGCUCUCUUCUGCGAGACUGGUGGGGCCGAAUGGGUCCUCGAUCUUGUCACAUCUCCGAGCAAUCCCGUUGAGCUUGGUACGUUUGCCAUGUACAAGAGCUUUUCGAAUGUGCUCAAGGCUAUGUGUGAGAGCAAGGCACAUCUUGUACUUCCCAGCUUACUGAGGAGGCUGGAGAACGCGCUGGGUGUCGUCAUGCCUACGAUGGAGCAAAAGCUUGAUUCGCAAACUGGACUAUUCCAAUCGUUUGUGAAGGUCGAGGCCGAUCACCUGCCUUCUGGACACACUGGUUGCGCAGUAGAUGGAACGACACUGCUCAAGUGCAUGAGUAGCACACAGAUUUUGACCGACUUGCUCGGUAAAGUCCUGUCGCCUCCGACAUACACUAGCAGGCAUAGUGUGCAGUCGAACCAGCUUUUCACCAAUCUGAACUUCACAGACGUCUACCUGCAAUUUGUGGAGCAGCUCAGUACUCUGCGUUCGAACUGCUUAUGGGAGAGCUUAGCGCUUGAGGCUAGUUUGUCGCAGGAGUUGAAGGACACGACCAGCCCGCAGACUCACAAGGUCCGACGUGUAGAUGUCAACAAUCGCAUCGAGUUGACCUCGUACAAUCCUGCUGAGUCGAGCACGAACGGCGACAGUGAGAAAACCGCGCGCACACCGGAGGAGUAUGUCAUCAAGAAUGUUUCGCAACUGCGUUAUGUGCUCGUUGAAGCAACCUCAGCCAUCUCAAGAUUCGAGCAGCAUCUUGCCCAAGCUCUGGUUCCACGCCGCACCACCGAGAUUGCACAGAGACAGCAUGCGUCACUCGUAGCAGACAAAUUGGCCACGAGCGCACUUACCAGCCUAGAGUACGUGAAGUACGAUUUCCUGGCAAAGGGCGCUCAGCUCAAGUACGUGGCCGGUCUGAUUCAGAUGCUCCAACGCAUGAUGUUCAAACAGUCAUUUCAGGUCCCUGGUGAAGCCAAGGAGGCUUUGACGCUCGUAACGAACAAAUUCUAUCUUGCUGGGGGUUUCGAGAAGCUAAACGAGUAUCUCGCUAUGUUCGGCGAUGUCAUCGCCGAGACUAAGGGCGCUGAGUCUGAGGAUCCUCGUACCAAGCCUUCAACGUACGGCCUCAAUGCUAUCCUGGACUUCUACUCCCUGGUUGUGCGUCAGAAGACUAUCAAUGAAGCGCACCAAUCUGGUCAGAUCUCCAGUCGCCACCACCAGCAUGCCGAUUACUUCAUGCCUGGCCAAUUCGUCGUCGAGCUUCGCUACACUAUCUUGCCUGCCGUCAGCAAGCUCUGGUAUUCGCCCGCCAUUGAGACGAUGGGCGACCAGUGCGUCAAGAAAGUCAUCGACAUCGUGCGCCAGAUCAUCAAGGCCGACGGCGAAGACAAGGCUAUCAAGCGCAGCGAGAAGGCCAGUCGGCGCGUGGAAACCAGCGAGCCGGACUUCUCUCUUCGCAACUUGGACCAUGUUGCCAGUGUGCAGCAAGAUGGGAUUGAUUCUAGAUUGGCGAGAGAAGCCAUCUAUCGAUGUAAUAACGCCCAGGCGAAUGCGAGGGAGUAUGCUCAGUUGCGCACAACGGCACAGGUCAUCCCGAGAUUCCCUAUCCCACAAGGCGAGCCGGCGGAAGGUGAAGUGCCUGAUGCGCCUCCGAUGGCUGAGCAGGGCGCCAAUGCUAUGAUUGACAACGACACCGAGACUGAGCUGCCGAGCGAGAGCCAGGCGAGUGAGUCAAACAUAGCUGGAGACUCGACCGAAUCUGAGGACGAGAAUCCUGGGACGUUGGGUAAUCUGCCCGCGGACCUUCUUGGCGAUGCCGGCGAUCAGGACCUCAUGGCCAUGAUUGGUGCUGGUCGGAUGCAGGAUAUCUUGAACCUUGCUAGCAAUGGUGGCAGCUCAACACCUCCUGGAGGACCCCCCUUCACGCCUCCUUCGAAAGACACAGGUAAGCCCUUCAUAACGAUUGAGGACCUGGACGAGAAGCGCCAAGCCUUCAAGGAUGCACUCAUUGAUCGUUGUCUGGAAGUCCUGUCUGCUGCACCCGGUGUAACGUUCGAGCUCAGCGACCUUAUACAAGCUGCAGUCGGCAAGUCAGGCCAGCGUACGACUCAGCCUUAUGACAUCGCGAGUACGUUGGUAUCAUCAUUGAUGUCCCUGCAGUCCGAUGAGCAGAGUAAAGAGGCCGGGCUCAAGCUUGCGGCUUACGCACAUCUCGUUGCUCUGAUCUUGCAGGACCGCGACUUCUUCGACUCGACUUUGGAGGAGUUGAAGGAGUAUCUUGAUACCCUUGUAGGUUGGGUACGUCUGCAGCCUGAGCAGAAGACGGAAGAUGCCCCGUGGUUGGAGAUGGUCUUGCUCAUCAUCGAGCGCAUGCUCAGCGAGGACGAGCAGCCUGUGGAGCUCAAUUGGGAGCCACCACCACCCGACGACCCGCUUCAGCCGCUUGCCGAACCAAUCCUUCCCGAACCUGUCGUCCCACAAGAAUCUCGCGACAUGCUUUUCGAUGCUCUCAUCGACAUCCUACCGAAGAUCGGCAAGAAUGAUUCCUUGGCAUUGUCAGUUACGAGAGUGCUAGUCAUGCUUACUCGGCGCCGUGAUACCGCUCUUCGGCUCAGCGAGAAGCAAUCCAUGCAUCGCCUCUUCCUAAUGGUUCGACAACUGGCCGGUCGUGGAGACGAGAAGUUAUACAGUUCUUUCAUGCUCGUGUUGCGCCACAUGAUUGAGGAUGAAGCUUGUCUGCGGCAAAUCAUGCGGACGGAGAUCAAGGCUGUUCUCGAAAACGGAAGGCAGUCGAGGAUCACAGACACCUCGAGCUUCACACGGUCCCUGUACUACCUUGUUCUCCGGGAUCCUAAGAUCUUUGUUGAGAUCACUGGGGAGCUGGUGGAAAUUGGCAAAUUCGAUGGCAACCCAAGUCGAGCGCAGAGCCUUGUGCUGAAGAAGGAGAAGCCCGUUGCUCAGCCUGCGGAGAAAGUGGUUGAAAGCGCUUCUGCCGAAGCCAAGCCUACCAAUGGCGAUAACGCUGAGCCCGCUGUCCAGAAGAGUACCGAGCCUGCAGCUGAAGACAAGUCUGCUGAGCCCAAGGCGCCUGUUGUGGAGAGCCCAGAUGGUGUCAUGGCUUUCCUGCUGCGUGAGCUGUCCAACUACAAGGAUGUGGAAGAGCGGCCGGCUUUGCCGAGCAAAGACAGUCAAGCUGAAGGUCAAGCCGCUGCUGAUGCGAAUGUGGAUGUCGACAUGGCCGAUGCUUCAGCAUCAGCUGCACAAGCACCUAAUGGAACGUCUCAAACUGAAGCAGUAAAGGCGGCCGACAAGCCUAUUUUCAAGGCUGAAGAGCACUCCAUCUACAUCUAUCGCUGCUUUUUGCUGGAAUGUCUCUCCGAGCUUCUGUCAUCCUACAUCAGGACGAAGGUCGAAUUCAUCAACUUCUCUCGCAAGCCAGAGACGCAGCCUGCCACACCUAUCAAGCCUCGUGCUGGUACGCUUCACUAUCUCCUUUACCAGCUGGUCCCGGUCGGAACGCUUGAGCACAAGGAUGACAUUGCUCAUCGUAAGAAGCUCUCGACUUCGAAUUGGGCUACUACUGUGCUUGUUGCACUCACAGCCAAGACUCCGGAACGUGGAAGCAGAUCAAAUCGUACUGUCGAGGUCGAUGGCGAGGAGAACGCCGACUUGGUUUUCGUGCGCAAGUUCGUGCUUGAGCAUGCUAUGCGUUCCUUCAAGGAGGCAACUACAUCCAAUGAGCCGCUCGACCAGCGCUACUCGCGUAUGUUGGCGCUUGGUGAGCUGUUCAAUCGGAUGCUUAAUAAGUCUGACCGCGACGCCUCUCCAUUAGACCCUGGUCACAAGCAGCAGCUUGGUCGGUUGAUGUACGAGAAGGGUUACGUCGGGGCUCUGACUUCUGCUAUUGCUGAAUUGGAUCUCAAUUUUCCCAACGCCAAGAGGGCUGUUAAGUACAUCUUGGGUCCCCUCAGGCAACUGACGGAUCUUGGUGUUGAGCUCAGUCAGACGUCUGAUCUCUCUUCUUCAAGUGCGCAUGGCACUUCGACCGAGGAGGAUGAUGACUCGUCUACUACAGCUACCUCCGAUGAGGAGGAUGACCGUGAGCAGACUCCGGACCUCCUGCGUAAUACGACUCUAGGUAUGCUUGAAUCCGGCGCUACGCAUGAUGACGACUCGUCUGAGGAUGACGAUGAAGACGAUGAAGACAUGGAAGAUUACGAGGAAUAUGAUGAGAUGGAAGGGAUGGAGUAUGAGGAGGACGAGGCUGAGCACGGUGAUGUCGUUAGUGACGAAGAUGAGGAGGAAGUGGAGGUGGAUGGAAUGGGCGAGAUUGAAGGCCGGCCUGGAGACAUCGAGAUUGUCAUGGAAGGCGAUGAGGACGACGAAGAUGAAGAUGAUGACGAAGAUGAGGAUGACGAAGAGAUUGAUGAGGAUCAGGAGUUUCAUGAACAUCUUGACGAAAUCACAGGCGACGACGAGAAUGCCAGCAUAGCCGACCGCGAUGAGGGCGAGUGGGAGGAGGACGAUGAAAUGGAUGCUUUCGAGGCCGAGGCUGGCCAGGGUGGAUCGCCGCACGGCGGGCCUCUGGACCACAUCGCUCAAGUGCUCGAUCCUGAUCUCCAUUCUGAGACUGGUGAAGAGCACGACCACGAUCAUAUUGUACGUGUCGAUGUUGGUGAAGGGCCAGAAGACUACUUCGAAGACGAAAUGCCACCAGAAGAUGAAGACGAGGAGGAUGAGGAGAUCGACUACGAUGGCGAGGUGGCUUUCGAACCUGAAAUCGAGGAGGAUGAAGACGAGGACAUGUGGGGUAUCUCUGGUCCUAAUGCGGGCGCUUUCAGUGCUAGACAUGAUCAUCAUCACCAUCAUGGAGGCGGCGGGCUGAGGACUUGGGGCGGCAUGGUCGAUAUGCUUGAAGGCACCCAAGGCUUCAGGGCGCCCGGUAUGCGUACCCAUCGUCCAGUGAAUCAACCAAGCGGUGAGGAUGGUAGGAAUCCUCUGCUACAGCGUGGCUCGACCAAUAUGGGUCAGAAUGGUGACGAUGGAAACGACAAUCCGCUCACCCGUCUCGGCAAUAGGCAUGGUGCUCGCGCCUUCCCACCCGUUGACUUGAUUCAGGACCUUGUUGCGCAAGUUGGUGCGAAUGGACAUGGCACGAUCAGCGUCAAUAUUGGCGACAUGGCUGGUAUGCGGCAUCUCCCUGGCAUGUUCAGUCUUCAAGGUGGCGCUGGACGUCGCUUCCUUGAUAUUGAUCCUUCAAGACCAUGGCACGAGCAAAUUCAGCCACGCUUCGGCGAGAUGGCUGGUAUGCGUGGCGCGAACGACGUCCACCGAUCUGGCGGCAACGAUGAGGCUCGUGCUGUCGAGUUCCAGAUCCAUGCUACGAUUCAGCGCUGGCAAGAGGAGGCCAGGAUGCUAUUUGCCAGCAAGCAUCAAGAGAAGGCCCUUCGUAUCAACAGCACCUUACUUCGCAUGCUCAUGCCGCCGGCUAUGCAGGCGAGGCUCGAGCAUGAGAAGGCUGAGAGUGAGCGUCGAGCUGUGGAGGAAAAGGCCAAGGAGGAAGAGCGCAAAAAGCUUGAGGCUGAGCAAGCUGAGCAGGCUGAGCGUGAGGCACAAGACAAGAAGGAGCGCGAGGAGGAAGAGGAGGCUCGUACCCGUGAAGAGGACUCUAGACGUGCUCAGGAUGAGGCUAGUUUGGCUGACGAGAUGGCUGAUGAGAUCGCGGACGAGACGGCUGCCGAGAUGGAGGGUGUGGAGUCAACUCAACCCGAGAUCGAGCCUGAGGCAACCCCUGCUUCUGCUGUCACAGCCCCUGCCGAGCCAGAGCAGCCUGUCGAACGUGUCAUGACUACUAUUCGUGGCCGGGAAGUGGAUAUAACCUCACUGGGUAUCGACCGUGAGUUCCUGGACGCUAUACCGGAAGACAUGCGUGAAGAAGUCAUCAUGCAGCAGCUUCAAGAGCAGCGCACGCAAGCCGCACAGACUGGCGAGCAGCCUACUGAGAUUAGCCGAGAGUUCCUUGAUGCCUUGCCACGUGAGAUUCAACAAGAGUUGAUCAGGCAAGAGCAGAGCGAGCGCCGCCGUAGAGACCGUCAAGAAGCGCGCCAACGUGCUGCUCAAGAAGCUGGCGCUCAGCCGGCUCAGCCGGAGGAGAUGAACAAUGCUGACUUCAUGGCUAUGCUUGACCCACACCUUCGCCAGACUAUCCUCAUGGACACCGAUGAGAACACUCUCGCCGCCCUGCCCGAAGAGGUCCAAGCUGAGGCUCGUGCUCUUCUUGGCGACCGUAUCCCACCUCGCAUGGCCGGUGGAGUAGGCGGCGCUGGGGCAGGCGGUGCGGGCUUAGCCAGACGAGAAGCUAUUCGCCGCCAUGGUGAAGGCCCAGUUCAAGAGCUGCCACGCGAGACUAGGCAGCGCAGACCGAUUGUGCAGAUGCUCGACAAAGCUGGCAUCGCGACACUUCUGCGCUUGAUGUUCGUUUCGCUGCACCACAAAGCCAAGACCAAUCUAUACAGCAUUCUGUCGGAUGUGAGCAAGAAUACACAAAAUCGUGCUGAGGUCAUCAGCAUCCUGCUCUCGAUAUUACAGGAUGGUACCGCAGACGUUGGUGCUGUGGAGCGUAGCUUCGCGCAGCUUUCACUUAAGGCCAAGCAGCAACAAGUCGGGUCCAAGACACCACAGCCAUUGAAGCGAACACCUACUGGGCUUGCCGUUGCUCCUACGACUGAGCUUUCGCCACUCAACAUUGUGCAUCACUGCCUGACCACACUUCGCACGUUAGCCGAGGAUAACACUAAAGUGCCCUCUUUCUUCUUGACUGAGCACGAGACUGCUACCGCGCAGAAGACCAAGACACCGAAGAAAGGCAAAGGCCGUGAAAGCAAGGCUCCGAAGUAUCCAUUGAAUGCUUUGUUGGCACUUCUCGAUCGAAAGCUCAUCACGGAAAAUACCGGUGUGAUGGAGACGCUAGCUACGUUACUCAGCCGCGUUACCCAGCCUCUGACAAUUCUCUCUCGUCGUCCAAGAGAUCCCGCUCCUGCAGUACCAGAUGCUGGGAGCGCUGUUCAGGAACCCGCGGCCGAGGCGCCUCAGCCUUCCGGUAGUGGUGAUGUGGCCAUGGAGGAGGCGCCUGCAGCUACCGUCGAGUCCUCUGCUCAAGCUUCGAACUCCGAGCCAAAGCCCGCAGACGCAGCUCAGCUGGUCAAGCCACAAGAAGACAAGAAAUCGCGGGACUUGACACCACCCGAGGUACCUGACGAGAACAUUCGCCUUGUAGUUAAUAUCCUUGCAGCCCGCGAGUGUCCAAGCAAGACUUUCAGUGAUACACUCGAUAUUAUCAAGCACCUGUCAGCUAUCCCUGGAGCACGCAGUGUAUUCGGAAAAGAGCUCGUUCGUCAAGCGCAAGAGCUUGGUCAGACAGUUCAGACGGACCUGGAAGACCUUGCGAAACAGAUCAACCAGGCCGAGAAUAGCACUGACUUGCAGGGUCUCGCUCUCGCAAGCUUCUCAUCCGGCGACUCGAAGCAGCGUAUGCUUCUCCGUGUCCUCCUGGCGCUUGAUCAUCUCUUCGACCCAGCCCGGAUGCCACAAGGCACUCAAGAUACACAAGUCGAUCCCAAUCUCAAGGAAGAUGUACUGGCGCUGCUUUACGGCAGCAAGACCUUCGAGUUGCUGUGGACCAAUCUCAGUGCUUGUCUGGAGGCGAUUCGUGCUCGUGGGAGCAUGCUCAACGUGGCGACCAUCCUUCUGCCACUGAUAGAAUCGCUCAUGGUCGUUACUCGUAAUAGCACGCUCAAGGAUGUGCCAACAUCAGCCGCUGUCGCCUCACCCGUCGAAGUCAGGGCCAGCACCCCACCACCACCAGCAUCGCAGAUAGACACAUUGUUCUUCCGCUUUACUGAAGACAACCGCAAGAUCCUGAACGAGCUCAUUCGUAGCAAUCCCAAGCUAAUGAGUGGAAAUCUUUCGAUCCUGGCCAAGAACUCCAAGGUCCUUGAGUUCGACAACAAGCGGACCUACUUUAAUCGCAAGUUGCACAAUCGUGGCGAGGUGCGUGCACCUCACGCAUCACUGCAGCUCAGUGUGCGUCGUGAGCACGUCUUCCUCGACUCCUUCAAAUCGCUCUAUUACAAGAAUGGAGACGAGAUCAAGUAUGGAAAGCUCAACAUUCGAUUCCACGGCGAAGAGGGCAUCGAUGCUGGCGGUGUCUCACGCGAAUGGUUUGGCGCCAUGGCACGUCAGAUGUUCAAUCCCGAUUACGCACUGUUCACGCCAGUGGCUUCUGAUCGCACCACUUUCCACCCAAACGAGCUCAGCACAAUCAAUAACGAGCAUCUACUCUUCUUCAAGUUCAUUGGCCGUAUAAUCGGCAAGGCGCUUUACCAAGGUCAGGUGCUGGAUUGUCAUUUCAGCAGAGCAGUCUACCGCCGUAUUCUCGGCAAGUCCGUUUCCCUCAAGGACAUGGAGAGUCUCGAUCUUGAAUACUACAAGUCGCUUGUGUGGCUACUCGAGAACGACAUUACGGACAUCGCUUUCCAGACGUUCUCCACGGACAUUGACCGUUUUGGCGCCAGCGAGACCAUUGAUCUUAUCCCGGAUGGUCGCAAUAUCUCCGUCACGGAGGACAACAAGCACGAAUACGUGCAAAAGAUCGUCGAAUAUCGCCUCAUCACUGCAGUGCAAGACCAGCUGGAGAAGUUCCUGGAGGGCUUCCACGAGAUCAUCCCAAAGGAAUUGAUCGCUAUCUUCAAUGAGCAGGAGCUCGAAUUGCUCAUCUCCGGUCUGCCUGAGAUCGAUGUGGACGACUGGAAGAACAAUACCGAGUACCACAACUAUCAGCCUACCUCACCGCAGAUUCAAUGGUUCUGGCGCGCUGUACGCAGCUUCGAUAAAGAAGAGAAAGCCAAACUCCUGCAAUUCGUUACCGGCACCAGCAAAGUACCUCUCAAUGGCUUCAAGGAGCUUGAGGGCAUGAAUGGCUUUGCCAGAUUCAACAUUCAUCGUGACUACAGCAGCAACCAGAAGCUGCCAUCUAGUCACACUUGCUUUAAUCAACUUGAUCUCCCCGAGUACGAGACCUACGAGCACAUGCGCCAACAGAUGUACACUGCCAUCACUGCUGGUAGCGAGUAUUUCGGGUUCGCUUAG